GAAGGUUGAGGCGGGGGGCAAAGGGAACGCACACUGUAGCCGAUUGUAUUUCAUAAUACAGUGUUGUAUUGUGUUGCUGAUGCGUUGAGCACCUUGCCGGGCUGGGAAUGUUCGAUAGUGGGAUCCGUGCCAUGUCUUCGGGGGACUGCGGCGGUGCCCAUGUUGAUCCGUUGGCGGUUGGACCAACGGUCGCCAGGGAUUCAAGAUCCGCGUCGAGGGAUAUGUCCAGGAAAUUUAAAACAGAAUGGUUGACCCUCUUUCCUUGGGCGUUCGUCGAGAACGAGGCGGUUUUCUGCAGGAUAUGUCUUAAGACUAAUCAGAAGAACGUGUUCACGACUGGGAAACCCGUUGGCAUACGGCCGAAGAAGGACGAUUUUGUGAAGCACGAACAAGGAACCGGUCACAAGUAUGCGUUCGUGGCCACCUUCGAGGGGAGUGGUGGAGAUGUAACGGUGGAAAUGAAGGCUGGGGGCCAGGAGCAAGAGCACAAGACGCUACAGAGGACGGCGGCUCUCAAUGGAGAUAUAGAAGAGGUCCAUUUCAUGGCUCCCAUUUUCGGACUCUCCAGCCAACAGGAAACUGGAGGUGGUUCUGGCAGAGAAAAUUGGACAGAAGAAGAAAACCGAACGGAAAUCAAAUUUGAAGAACCGGAUCCUUCGCCUGGCAGCGACGACGCAAUGGAGGACCCGGCAGCCACUACCCCUUUGGAAGUUGUCGUACCGCUCCUGCCCGCCGACGGCCAGCACGGAGCUGCCGAACCAGAGAUCGCCAGCAACAAGAUGACGGAGAGGAACAAAGUGUCAAGUCGAGAAGAUGAGUUCUACCAGUUUGGUGUGAACGUUGGGUGUCAACUAAGGGCCAUGCCGUUAAGGGCAGCGCUUGAGGCCCAGCUGGAGAUUCAGCGAGUGCUGACGAUUAGGCGUUUAGAGUGCUUGGAGUAGUGGGGGUGGGAUGGGGGGAAAGGGUUCAGAGUGAAAGGUCUGGACGCACUCAAACCCCGCCGCUUGAGGUGAAUCAGUCCUUAUAGAGAGUACCGGAGGGACUCGCCAAUCAAUGCCAACUCAUUUCACUCAUGUCACACGCCAACGUAACUCAUUUUUCAUUCAUUUUCUCCGUGUCAUUUUUAUGGUCAUUUAAUCCACAAGCAGAAUUAAGCGUAUAAAUAAAGGCAUUGAAAUGCGCUUAGUAUUAGAGGUUUAAACCUAUCAAGCUGAAUUUUUACUUGAGCUUAGGGCAAAGUAAAUGCUUUUCCUCUU